AUGAAUCAUGAAAUAUUCAAUUUACUUAAGAGUGUAGAUUCUAAUCAAUCUGAUCCCAAAACAGCUCUGGAACAAGCUUUACAACUUGUCGAUCAAUUAAAACAAACAGGUGAGCCUGUUAAUCGAAGAACAUACGAACUUAUUCUUGACGCUUAUGCAAAAACAAACGAUACAAGUCAAAUAUUUGAACUUUACAAUCAAAUGAAGGCACAAGGACUAAUCCCAAGGCUUCAAUUCUUUCAUCAAGCCUUAGAGUUAGCAGCUACUCUACAUGAUCCAAUAUUACAAGGAAAAAUAUUACAUUAUCUGGAAUUAUCGAACCAUAAAAAGUCAGCAAAAACAUACCAUUAUAUGCUUUUGUGCAUGCGAGAGACAUUUGAAUUAGAAAGAGCAUUGGAUACCCUUGAUAUGAUGAAAAAAGAGCGAAUAAAGCCUAUACUAUCAAGUUAUAUUAACGUUGUGGAUAUGGCGAUACAAGUACAACAAUCUCAUUUAGCUUUUCAGUUAUUAGAAGAUAUUGAGCAUUUAGAUUUAUUCAAGGAUUAUGAUAGAUCUAUAUAUUUACAUGCAUUACGCUGUGCCGCUUAUAAUAGCAAUUAUGAUAUUGUGAAAAUGUACUGGAAGAAAGUUGUGAUAGAUUAUAAUCUAAAGCCAGAUGAAGGCUUAUGCCUAUAUGUGUUAAAUUUAGCGGGAGAGAAUAGUAAUCCUGUAUUAGCAACUGAUGUAAUUCGAUAUAUAGGCGAAAAUGGAUUUAGAUAUCGUGAAUGUCAUUUUACAUCAUUGAUUGAAGCCUUUGCAUCCACUAACGACUUCAAAAGUACUUUCAAAGUCUUAACAGUUAUGCGAAAAGUGGGCAUUAAACCAAAUAAGAGAACCGUUAAACCAAUAGCUUACAAAGUGGGGCAAGAUAAAAACUCGAUUUGUAUAGCACAAGAUGCUCUUGCACAUAUAGCAGCAGAAUCUCAAGAAGUAGAUGUUGUAGCUUUCAAUUUGAUUAUUCAUGCUUUAGCUCAUAAUGGGGAAAAUGAUGAUGCCUUCAAUUUUUAUAAUCGUGCAGAAGAAUUUGGAGUGACGCCUAAUGAUGAGACACUAGAUGCAGUUUUGGAUGCCUGUAUUCAUGCGAAAGACGCCGAAUUAGGAAAGCUAGUUUACCGUAAGUUUAUUUCUUCAGGUAGGACUUUAGCAACAGUAUCCAAUCUAAGUAAAAUGGUUACCUUAAUGUGUACUCAGUCCGAUUAUGAAGAUGCAUUUACGUAUCUGGAAAAAAUGAAGAAGUUAAGAAUGAUUCCUUUACAAGGAUGUUAUUAUAAGCUCGUUAAGACUCUUGCAAAUGCUAAUGAUCCAAGAUUAUCCUUAGCUAUAAGUGAUAUGACAGCUUACGGAUAUCCUAUUUCUAAUCAUUUAAAUACUUUUAUUGAAAGAGAAGAAAAUCAGGAACAAUUUCAGAUAAAUUAA